AUGCGAUGCGCUCAUCGGCUGAGCAGCAAUAAAAAGGCGGAACGCGUCGAUUCGGUGAUCACGUUUUUGAAGACCGCCCAACAGCAGCAGAUAACCACCAAAUUGCACGAUAUCUGGGCGAUUCCGCAAUCCACCAUCACCGAGGUCCGUCUUCUUCUCACACUGGGUGGCGAUCCCGCCAAUUUGUACAUUGAUGAUUACGGGAAGAAGACGUUGGCGGAUCGCAUCGAAAAUGGAAGUGUGUGUGAGGAAUGCGCGCCGAAAUGGCAGGGAUUCCUCGAUAUGGCGGGCACGAUUUACGAGGAAAUGUACGAGCAAACACCAAUUAAUAUCAAUCGCAACAAAAAGCCCGAAGGUGUCCUUCCAUUAUGUCUCGAUGGUGGAGGUAUGCGAGGAUUGGUAUCGGUGGUUUGUCUUCUCUUCGCUUCGAGACGCCUUCUUGGAGAUGAAUCGCUUCCGUCCUAUUUUGAUUGGCUGAUUGGAACAAGUACUGGCAGUAUGCUUGCCCUCUCGCUAGCCAACGGCCUAUCAAUCCGCGACUGCUUCUUCCAAUAUUGGGACAUGAAGGCGCAGAUCUUCCUUCGCGGCUCGACAUUCAAUCGUCUCCUCGGCGAUCAGGUCUCGAUUCAGACGAAAAACAUUGAUCGUGUUCUCGAAGAUUGCUUCCCAACCGAAACAUUUUUGGGAUGCACUCGUCGUUUGACCGUUCCCGCCUUGGAUAUUUCAACAGCGCCGGCAAAGCUUCACAUUUUCCGAAACUACUCGUUCACCCUUCCAAUCGGCGUCCCAUUAAACGAGGAUCAAGACGUCUUCUUCAAAGAGGCCGCCCGUGCGAGCAGUGCGGCGCCCACAUAUUUUGAGCCAUUCGUGUACGGCAACAAGAUUCUCGUCGAUGGCUCGUUUGUCGCCAAUUACCCGCUGAAUGUGCUUUUCAAAGAAUACGAUUUGUUCAACAAACACGGCAAUCCGAUUCAUCUCGCCGGUGUGCUGUCGAUUGGAACUGGCGAGCCGGCAAUCUCUGAGCGAAAAUACAAAUCGGGCAAAAGCAUUCGAGCUCGCGCAAAGAACAUUGGUCACCUGUCGACAUUGAUUCUCGAACAGGUGGUCGGACAAGAUUUGACAGCGGUUGAGAUGGCCCAGGAUCGAUGUCAUGCUUAUAACAUUCCAUUCUGCAGAAUCAGUCCCAAGGGAAUUAAUGUUCGAAUCGAUCAAAUCGAUGAUGCCAAACUGAUGGAUAUGAUUUGGACAACGCUUAUCUAUCUCGUGGAAAAUGCUCAUGAAAUUGACCAACUCGGUGAGGUUCUUUACAAGCUUCUCGCUGAUCCAACCGAGCGCAAGCGUCGGAGCAACACGGUGCUCUAA